AAAACUACAACCUCAGCACUUCCGGUGGAGGAGCACCUGACUCGAGGGGCCGGGUGGGGGCGGAGUUAGACGGACAGUUCCGUCCUGAAUCUCCAACUUGAUUUUGUAGCCAAGCGGACCGCUUCACAGUGCUGGGGGGAAGAGCAAAUGAGGCCAAAGGCUUAAGCAGCUGCAUCAAGGGGCAGAAGGCUUCAUGACUUUGACCAUCAUCUCAGGGACAUCAGCUAAAGGAAACAGGAGUGGGGUGAUAUCAGCUCCCCUGAUCAGACCUCUGCUGCCUCUUUGAAACACACCACAAAUUACAGCAGAGAAGAUGGAGAAAUCAGUGAGUGUGUCCAAUGGAGCGAGGCCUGCAUAUGAGGAAAAAGAAGACACCCUCAGACCUGAGGAUCUGUCAGAGAUGCUAGCAGCAGGGACCAAAGAGGUGCAUGAAAAGGCUGAGAACACCCAGUUUGUGAAAGAUUUCCUCAGGGGUCGCAUCCGCAAAGAGCUCUUUAAGCUUGGUGCUGUGGCACUUUACCACACAUACACAGCCAUGGAGGAGGAGAUUGAAAGGAACAAAGACCACCCCCACUUUGCCCCACUAUAUUUCCCUGCAGAGCUGCACCGCCAUGAGGCCCUGGCCCGUGACCUUGAGUACUUUUAUGGCCGCGACUGGCAGAGCCAGGUCAGCUGCUCCCAGGCCACCCAACGCUACGUGGACCGUAUUCAUCAAGUAGGGCAGGAGGACCCAGUGCUGCUGGUGGCUCACGCCUACACCCGCUACAUGGGGGACCUGUCCGGGGGCCAGGUGCUGAAGAAGGUGGCGCAGAGAGCCAUGAAGCUGCCUCCCACAGGGGAGGGCCUGGAGUUCUAUCAGUUCGAUGCCAUCCAUAGCGCCAAAGCAUUCAAGCAGCUGUACCGUAGUCGGAUGAACGAGCUGGAGCUGGACACGGAAACAAAGAAGAGGCUUGUUGACGAGGCUGUCAAGGCAUUCCAGUUCAACAUGGAGGUGUUCGAUGAGUUGGAGGAGAUCGGCAAAACCAUCCAGGAGGAGGUUUUAGACGCUGGCAUGCCGGUCCAUGGAGCAAUGGAUGGAGACAUCAACAAGUGUCCCUACUACGCUGCCAAAAUGGCGGCAUCAGGUGGAACAGCGUACGCCUGUCAGCUUGCCAUGGCCGUGCUCCGACACCCAACAGGGCAGGUCCUGUUUGCUACUUGGUUUGCCGCUCUGGCUGGAUUGGCUGCCUGGUAUCUGAUGUGAUCCAGCCGUCGCCUUGACACCCUGCUGCUGUGAGAGAGAGAGUGAGAGAGAGAGAGAGAGAGAGUGAAGGAAGGACAGUAAGGAGACUAGGAAAUCCCCUUAAACUGUGGACCAGUUUCAGACAUUCGUAUCUGCUACAAGUUUAUUUAAUGUUACAUGUUUGCUUAACGGUUGGCUGACAGGAAAUAAACUUGUUAAUGAUCCAUAGGACCAUAAGACAUCAACUCCAUCCAUACAUCCAUCCAUCCAUCUAUCAAGCUUUUUGACAGUUUAUCCUCCUGCCUUUUUUUUAUCACUACCUCCUUCACACUGUCCCAUUCACAUAUUCCAGUGUGUUUGAUGGUAUUUUAACACUUGUUGUGGGUGUUUUCUGAUUUUUUUUUGUCAUGAAAAGACAAGGCUUGAGUUGCUGAUUUGUUGUAAAAUGGCACUUUCCCCUUAAUUUUACUGAAACUGACAGAGCAAGGUGACUUUUAGAUUGUUGUAGUGUUAAAAGUAGUUAAGAAUGAAGAACGAAUUUUGGUGAGCUGAAACAUACUAUGCAAAUAUUAUGCAUUAGUAUAACAGCACAGUGGGUUUUUUCUGGGUAGACUGCUGUGUUGUUUUUUUAAUGAGGCCUUUGUGUUAUUUGCAUCAGAGGGAUUGUAAAUUUAAGCAGGGACGGGAAGUAAUGUACGAGUUAAAAACGCCAGCAGUGAAAACAGCGGUUUAUUUUCAAAAUGUAAACUUGGAAAAAUGUCCUCAUCGACUGUAUUGUAUUUUUUUUACCUGCCAUUCCAAGCAUAAUGUGAAAUCACAUGCACUGCAGCAAUGUUUUGUUUUUUUUAAAUCCAUCAUCACAUUUCGUUAUUCAGACGUGACCUCAAAAGGUUUGCACAGGUGUACCGUGAGAGAGGUAAUAGGAGUCGUUUUUUUAAAGAAAUAUAGCAUACCUACACUUUGACAAGUGUAAGACUAAUAAACAUCCUUCAGAUACUCGUGAAUAUAGUAAAACUACAGGAUAUUUGAAUCUCUACUGAUGCAUGUUCAGUUCUCUGCCUGUUGUUUGGUCCAAAUGCAUCGCUAAACUUUCCAUGAUGUAUGACUCACUGCUGAUUCAGUUUUACCUGCCACGGGGGCCUAUAUUAGGACAAAGGUGUUAGCAGAUGUGGCUGCAGCUGUUUUAAAAGGAAAUAUUCUUCUUUUUUUUUUUCAACAUUCCCAGUCUGUCUACUACAUGAAGGCUAGAUGAAUCUUAAGUGCUGUGGUUUAUUAUGAACUACUUCAGGUUAGGUACGUAUACGUUAGGUCCUUCAGCAGCUCAGCUCAUUUGUGUAUCCAGUCAUGAUGGAUUUAUGAGCAAACUUUAUUCACAUGCUGUUCAUACUGUAUAAUGGGAAAAAAACUGCCCUGCACAACUUGGCAAAAGGAAUAUGUUGUGCUGUGUGUACUGUACGCUGUGCAAUUGCAAUUUCCUGUAACCUCAGUAUUUAUCCCGACACAGUAAUUCCAUUUAAUAACUUUGCUUUAUCUUUCCAGGCAGACUGUUUGUUUUUUGCUUGAAUUUAUUUGACACACCAAAGGAAACCUGCUGAUAACAGCAUUUCAACCAGGUUCCUGUGCUGUUUGUAUUUGCACAAUGCAUUCACACAAAUGGAUGUAAAGUAGUCCUUUCAUUAGCAGAACCCAUUCGGGACAACAGCUGUAGCUGUCUGCUCGAUCGCAGACGUUAACGAUUUAAGAAACGGUUUUUGUACUUGAGAGUCUCAGGUUCAUGUUGCAGUCAGAUGGCAGUAUACAGUAACUGCAUAUGGAGGACGGAUACAGAGCCUGCCCUCAUAUAUUCCCGCAGCUCAGUGUCCAUGUGUUAUUUUAGUUUUCUGAAGCUAGUGUGAUGCGUCAUAAUGCUACAGUAUUUUUUAGAACAUAUUGAAGGGACAUUUACUCGGAUCUCAGGAGUUCAGGUUGUUUUUGGCCAUCGAUGAAACUGGGAUUAAAGUGAGUGGGAUGCAUGACUGAUUCAUGUCGAUCUUUGGAUUCUCUUGCGUUGUCAUUAACUAUGCUCUUAAUCCCUUUGUGUAUUUAACUGGACAAAGCUUUAUUAGUGACUGAAUGGCUAGAAUACUUUUUGAGAGUAACAAAAAAAAAUACAGGAGUAAGAUGUGCUGUCUGUAAUAAAAUAAAGUCUGUUUUCCGGCUCA